AUGCCACCGUUUGGAGCUUUGGCUUACCAGAUCUGCCAUGCCGCAAAGGGUCCCAAAACGGGCAACGCGGCCUCGAACGCGAAAAGAGACGGCCCCGAGGAGCAGCGUCUUACAGCAAAGUUCCUCGAGGCUAUCAAGAACCCUAACUGGCGCGAACGCCAACGCUCGUCGUCGUCGUCGAGCACCAUCGAUCUGGCUGGCCCAGACUCGGCGGACCUCGACAACAUCAGACCCUGGACGGGCGCAGGGGCUUCACCUCCACCCGUCGACUCCGGCAAGGUUGAGCCAGAUAACGUCAACAACCGCAAGAUUUCGGUUUCAGACAGGCAGUUCAACGUGCGCCGCGAGUCCAACUCCAUGUCCUCUACUAGCUAUGAUGAGUGCGACUCUCGGCCCGAGAAGUCCGACGGCACCAGCGAGUCAGAGAUCUUUUGUAGCAUUAUCAGGCUGGAGAGCCUCGAUACCUCGUCCUCCGGCGACUUGGGUCCUCGCAUAAUCGAGGUGGUGCCCUGCGAUGCCACUCGAGCAAACAGUCUCACACAACCGCUUGAUGGCUCGGGACAUGCCCAAAAACUCGCGACAUUACAACGCCUCGGGCCGGCCAAAGCUCCAGACCGAGAGUCCGAUCCCACCGAAAGAUAUCAGUUUGCCCCGUUGUACUUCAUUCGGAAGCAGGGGAUGGAGGAAACUCUGGCCACUUCAACCACGGUCGAUCGGAAGUCGUCCCGGACCCCUGUGGCGAGCUCCGAGCGAGGCACCGAGAAGAAGCGGCCAACGUCAAGCCGCGGGACUGCGGAUGACGAACCCUCCUGCGGCGCCCGUGGAGACCCCCAGAAGACCAGUCUCGAUGCCAAGAAUGUGGCCUUUCGGAAGAUGCUGGAAAAGCUCAGGAAAGGGCCCGCUGCAGUUCAGCCCCCUCCAAUUCAGCCCCUUCGAGAGACGAGAGACAGUGGAUUUUCGACGAGAUCGGGAUCCGAUGCAGCCGUCGAAGAAGCUUCCGUCGAUACCCACGACAACAUCAACACGCUUCUGAGCGUCCCAGCAAGCACGCGAGAGAAGCGAGUACAAAGAGGGCUCACGGCAUCCGAUUCGGCCGUGGUCGACUACGGAUCAAAGAGAGCCUGGCGCCCCCAGGCCGAGCGAUCCGAGGACUCGGGCGUUGCUGACGUUGGGGGCGCCAAGAGUCAUGACUUGAACCCCAAGGCCAGAGAGUUCCUCUCCUUCGUGCCUGAUGGACAUUUGAGUCCGGAGAAAGCUGAGGAGCAGCAUCUGUUGCGCCCACUGCUCUUUACGAGUGACAACAGCCAAGACGGCGGCAAGGAUGUCCUUUCCGGCGUCGGUACUGGAGCCGAAACACAAUCCGCAAAUUCCGCUGCCAUUCUUCCGCCAAUGCCCCUGAUGUACAGCUUGCAGGUGCCGCAGGUUACGCCUUGGUUAGAAGCCGCCAAUAAUGCGCUCGGCUGGGCGGCCAAGAUUGCUGCUGCCUGCCCGCCCCGACUCGACAGCCAUCUCAAGGGGCCUCAGCCGACUCCAAGCUGGUUUGGCGGGGGAGGUGGCCUGACACAGCCUAUUGGACUUGUUUCGGCGCCGCAGAUGGCGGGCUCCGGACUCCACUCGCUGCCGGCGCGUCUUCACUGUCCGAUGCCUCCCACGCAGAUGCCGCUGAUUCCGGGGCCGGCAACCCAGCUGGGUCCUCCCGCACGUCCCAUGCCUGUCCCGAAGCCCAAAUUACCCAAUGCAGGGGAUCAGCAAGCGUACGAGGCGUACAUUGAGCAGCGCAAGGCCAUGGAACCUGGUUACGCUCUUGAGUGUCGACUCCGACAGCAGCGACGAGCGAAGCGCACUUCCAACUUUCCGGCGACCCAUUCGAAGUCGGGAUCGAGCAGCGAUGCCUAG